AUGGAUACUACAUUCAUCACCAUCCACGAUCUUACCGAUGAAGCACACAUCUUGUACUCGUCUGACUCCAUUGUCGACAUCCUCGGUCACACACCUGACGAGGUUGUCAAUCGCUCGGUAUGGCAGUUUUUCCAUCCCGAGGAACUGCACUUCGCCAAGGCAAAAUAUGGCCGUGGAGUAGCCCUUGACAAGGCGGCUGUGCUGUCUUAUUGCCGUCUCAAGAACCGUCAGGGAGACUGGAUUGGUUGCGAAUGUUGCUUUUCGAUCGUGUACAAUGUGAUGGUAUGCUGCACAAGUAUCUACAGGCACGGCAUGGAAAGUCAAAACCGUGCCGUCGAGGCACCUAUCGUGCGCAAGUUGUUCGCCUCGUCACCAAAAGACCCUCGCUACCACAUGUUGUCCCAUCUCUCCAGCAAGUUCGAUCUUGGCCCAGAAGAUCAGACUCACGAACCCCGUGCGGCCCUUUUCCUUAACCGAUUCACACGGACUUUGACUGUUAUGUACGCCACAAGCGGCAUUGAGCAAAUCGUUGGCAUCUCUGGGGAAGAGAUGAAGGGACGGAGUUUUUACUAUUGCAUCGCCUUGAACUGUCUUACCGAAGCUGUCCGAUGUCUCGAAUCCGCGAAAGGGAACGAUUCGAUUGCCUACAUGCGCUUCAUGUUCCGAGAUCCUCGCCAGGAGGAUCCACCGGAAUUGACGUCUUCCGAGAGCGAGGACGACGAAAUGACAGACGUUACCAGCGACGACGACGAAUCUGCUGAAGAAGGCGUGAGACUCGGUGGCCAAACUUCCUUCAGUGGCAUGAACUCAGGACACCAGUCGAACGCUUCCCACUGGAACAGCGAAGAGCGGCCAGGCAACUACCGCACAGAAUCUGGGGACAGCACUGAUCCUGCAGAUACAUACCGCAGCGUUUUCGGUGAUGAUUCACGGAGACAUUCGUCCACGUCCUCGUUGGGAGGUUCUGCGUCAGUACACCACAAUGAUGACAUUGAGCUCGAAGCCGUCAUUUCGUGCACCACGGACGGUCUUGUUGUGUGCCUUCGUCGUGCUCGACCAAUGCUGCCUGGUGCGAUGCCAGUCCCACAGACGGCACAGCAGUACGCCGGUAUUUAUGCAGCUCCAUGGGCGUCGCAGCCUAUGUUCCACCCGGCCCCGCCACAGAUGCCACCGUACCCUCUGGGUGCUCAACACCCGUCCAUGUUGCAUUCAGGGCCAUCAAUGCAAUUUCAAAACUCGUUCAUGCAAAGUAUUCGCGAUGUUGCGGUGUUUGCGUGGGCUCUUACUGGCAUCAACGGCAGCUUGGCUGAAUAUGCUCGCGGUACCCCAAAGGGAGAGAGCCAGCCACCGCAGGGAUUCCCGAUCUGGAAUCCUCUUCCCGAUCCGUCCAUGCUACGACACAAGAAGUCCGAAACGCCCUCUGGUUAUGGCUCGGGUACCAACAGCGCCUCGAGCAACGGCGACAACUUUGGGUUCGGCGAUCCUGGUCUGAGCUGA